CUUUUUUUUUUUUCUUUUUGUUCUGUUUCAUCUUUGCGCUUUCUUUAUGGUCGGUCAGUCACAUUCUGGUUAAAAAAAAUAAGAAUUGUUUUUCGUUUGGUAAAGGAUAUCUUUUCAACCCGAUUUCCAUUUUCUCUUGUAAAACAUCUCAUCCUCGUCCAUUUCUUUUUCUCUCACUCCGGUAAAAAAAGUUAUCAACUUUGUCUUUCCCAAAAGCUUUAAUCUUUUGUCCCCAUUUUCCUUUUAUUUAGCUCCUCUGUGUAGUUUCUGGAUCGUACCUGUUGUACAAGACGGAGAAAACGCAGAUAGAUUGCUUCUUUGUCCUGAAACCCUCAAUUCAGACAAAAAAAAAAUCAUUGUUUUCUGACGAAGAGACACACCUAAUGGGCUCAGAACAAGAACAGAGGAAAAAGUGGGGAGGUUGUUUAGGAGUCUUGUCAUGUUUCAAGUCCCAAAAGGCCCUAAAACAAAUCGCCCCCGCCUCCUCUCGCAUUCCUGAAUGCGGCAAUGCCUCAGCUUCACAACCAAGCGGAGGUGUCUUGACCAACCAAGCUACUACAAGAGCAAUGAAUCCAGCUUUCAUGGCUCCACCCUCCUCUCCCGCUUCCUUCACAAACUCCGCUCUUCCUUCAACCGCUCAGUCACCAAACAACUACUUAUCUCUCUCUGCCAACUCCCCUGGAGGUCCUUCUUCUAGCAUGUACGCCACCGGACCUUACGCUCACGAAACCCAACUGGUCUCACCUCCUCCUGUUUUCUCCACUCUCACCACCGAGCCCUCCACUGCUCCUUUCACUCCUCCUCCGGAGCUUGCACACUUGACUACUCCUUCUUCCCCUGAUGUCCCUUACGCUCGUUUCUUGAACUCUGGCAAUGGCCAUUACAAUGAUCUUCGCUCUACGUACUCUCUUUAUCCUGGUAGUCCAGCCAGAUCACCUCAAACUGGAGUCUCCACACCUCUGCAGGAUGAGUCGAACUUCUUCUGUCCUGAAACCUUUGCCAAGUUUUACUUGGAUCACGACCCUUCUGUUCCUCUAAACGGUGGAAGGUUAAGUGUGUCCAAGGAUUCAGAUGUGUACUCUACUAAUGGGAACCAGAACAGGCAGGCGAGGCAAGACAUGGAGGAGUUGGAAGAAGCUUAUAGAGCUUCCUUUGGGUUUAGUGCUGAUGACGUCAUCACAACUAGUCAGUAUGUAGAGUUCACUGAUGUGAUGGAUGACUCUUUAGUCAAGGCAAAGGCUUACUCAUCAAGUAAUGGACAAAAGCUGCUUAGAGGAGAAGCAAAUCUGCUGAGUCAAACAAGCUCAAAAUCAGAAGAGGUUUUACUGUCAAGAAACCGCAUCCACGCUCAUGAAGAGGCUUUAUUGUCAAGAGUGGGGUCUGUAAAGAAAUGGAACAGAAACUAUCCCGCUGGUGUUUCAAGCUCUGAUGCAGAGAUAGAAUACAGAAGAGGAAGAAGCUUAAGAGAAGACAGAGAGAACAGACACAGGAGAUAGCCUGAUCAAGGAACCAAAACAUAGCCAGCUCUAGCUCUGUUCUAAAGGUCUUUUUAAGUUGCAGAAGUAUUUAAUAUGAUCUUGUGAUGCUAACUCUUGAGAUAAGUAUUUAUUUUUUAAGUAUA